GCCGAGCGUUAGCGAGAACGAGAACGUGAGCGCGAGAGAGAGAGCGUGCGAGGAGAAGCGAGACCCUUGGUGAGGUCCUCAUCCUCCUCUUCGCCGUCGCCCUCAGCGCGGGAGCGAGAGAGAGCGCGUGAGAGGGUGCGGCCGAGGGUGCGAGAGAGAGAGAGCGGUGGCUGUCUGCUGAAUGUGAUGAUGGGGGGUGCGCUCUACUGCAACUUGUGCGGCGAGUAUGUUGACUCCAUGCAGCACUUCGAGCGCCUGCAUAAGGGAUGUGGAGCCCCUACACGCCUAGAACAGAUGUUGCAGUGAGCCUGGCUUGUGGUCGAGCCAUGGUGGUGAGUGCAGCGGUCACCCUCUACGCUCUUUGUCACAAAUGUCUAGAGCACAAGUCCGAUGGAAGUGACGUCGAGCCUGACAGUGAGAUGUCCGAUCGAGACCGACCAGAUCCACUAUCAGUGUGGCUGGAUGCACCUACUUGCAGUAACGUGACAGACCAAUUGGAGGCGUUGACAAUUAUUACAGAUGCUACUCAUCGAUGCAGUCACCGCUGCCCGACCCAAUUGCAUUCGCCGAGCCCGAUCCACUCGGAGCUGCAGUGUGCCGCAAGUUACCACUGA